CCCCUUUUGUCACCCUGGGGACGGCCAGCUGCACUGUGGGUGCUGGGAUGGGUGUGGGUGCACAGCAGGGAUGUGCUGGGCGUGGGGACAUCGUGGAUGUUGGCACGGGGACACUGCAGGCUUGGGGACAUCUUGGGGGUGGGGAUGGCAGUGGAUGCUCCCUGGGCAUGGGGACACGGGGGACACGACAGACACUGCCGUGGGGUCACCCUGGAUGCCAUGCUGGGUGUCCCCCAGUCCUUCCUCUCCCCACAUCUCCCCCACCCAUGGGUGCAGCCUCCAGCACCCGUUGUGCACCAUGACGGUCAGUGUCACCUCCAGUCCAGCCCUGGGGUGUAGGGAUGGAGCUGUGGGUGCUGAGGGGCCCCUUUUGAGGCCCACCCCCCUGGGUGGGGGCACAUCCUGUCCGUCCGUCCCCCCCUUUUCUCAGCUCUUAUCAACGAGGACAGACAUGAGGACAGUUCAUUGGUGACGGGAGGACGAUGUAUGGCAACAUCGAGUCUGGGCAGCCCAGGCAGGGGCAGGAGUGGGGGACAGGAGGACCCUGUGGGGACAAAGCCUGCAGUGACCUGAACCCCAUGGAGGAGAACCCCUAUGAACCUUUGGACCCCCCCAUCACUGCUCCAAGCCCAAAGCACGCACCUGACCCCCCAGUGUCCCCAACGUGGCAGAGCUGCCCCCAGGACAGGCUGCUGCUGGUGGGGGCUGUGGCCCUGGGGGUCUCAGUGCUGCUCAACGUCUUCCUCCUCUCCCUUGGGACAAGCAAGAUCGCAGCGCUGACCGCAGCCCUGGAGGACGCAGAGAAGCUGCAGCCCAACUCCAACAUGGCGUCCCGCUCCUUCCUGCUGUACAACAGAGCCCACAACAUGUGCGUGGAGGCCCGCGGCCAGCAGCUGAGCGCAGCUCCGUGCCUUCCCGAAGCGGCGGCCCAACGAUUCCAGUGGCUGCCGGGGAUGCGGCUUUGGAACGCGGAGAGGCGGCGGUGCGUAACGGCGGCGGCGGAGCUGAAUUUAUCCGUCGUGACGCUGCAGCCCUGCAGGGAGGACGGAAGGUUGCAACGGUGGGAAUGCGGAGAAGGAGGGCUGCUGGCUCUGGCCGGGAGGCGGCUGUAUUUCAAUUACGGGAACAACGUGCAGCAGACGGUGAUGCUCUACGUGGGGGAUCGCGAGUGGAGCCGCUGGGUCGUGCACGGGAGCGACGAGGAGCUCUGCACGCGAUCCUGUCAGUCCCGUCUGGGGGGUUUUGCCUGGGGUUUGGGGGUUUGCUUCAGCCUAAGCUGACACAAAUUCAGCCCAGCCCCAAACUCAGCCCAAACUGCUCCAAACUGCUCCAAACUCACCCCAAACUCAGCCCAAACUCAGCCCAAACUGCUCCAAACUCAGCCCAAACUCAGCCUGACCCCAGUCUGCCCCAAACUCAGUCUGGCCCCAAACUCACCCCAAACUCAGCCCAAACUCCUCCAAACUCAGCCUGACCCCAAACUACUCCAAACUCAGCCCAACCCCAAACUCAGCCUGACCCCAAACUCAGCCCCUCAGCCCAACC